AUGGUGGUCCUAAGCGGCGAUGUGCUCCUCAUCAUCUUGGACUUUCUCAAAGCACAAGUCGACCACAACACACUGUUUCAAUGUGCAUUGGUAUCAAGAUGGCUCGCCGAGCCAGCCCUAGCCAUUCUUUAUCAACUAUACGACUCAUCUCCAGCAUUUGGCGGAGGUGCAGAAGAUGAGUCGUUCAGACCGCGCGCCCUUGAUUUCUCCAAGGUGCCAUCAUUGAGCACGAUACCACGAGACGCCGUAGAAUCAGCUGCGACAUUCCGUAAAUGGGUGCUCAUGUGGCGGUCAAUUAUAUUGUCGACAUCAGACGGGGAGACAUUCUUGCCCUAUUGUGAUUAUAUCAGAUAUCUGGACUUGGAUGAUUUUAGGGAACUUUUGACGCACACCGGAUUUAAGGGCCCUAUACGAGAUGAGUUCUUUGCGAGCGGAAUUGGUGAUCUCAUCUAUCAGAAUUAUGAGAGCAAGGGUCAUAAAAGACUUCGGUCCUCGAAGGGAGAUUUCACCAAUACCUCCUGGGUCAUUCAGAGAGUUGGUACAUUGAUAACUGAUAGGGCGCAUAUGAUCAAGGAACUAAGAGGCAACAUACCCGGAAUUGCCCUCAAACAAUGGGCUAUACAUUUACCCAGAUUACAGACUCUUUAUAUCUGGAAUGGGGCUUCCUUUAGUGAAAAAGCUGACGAAGAAAUCCGAGAGCAUUGCCCGGAUUUCAAAAGUCUUUCGGUUUUCAGAUGGCUGGAUCGUCAAGGUUUUCAAGCAGAUGCCGAAGCCGAGCGCGUUCUGAACAGCUUACGUCCUAAUUCUUUGGAAACAUUUGAGGUUAUCAGUUUGUCAUUUAUUGGACCGCGGACCAUUAUCUCCUUGAACGCCCAUCUUGGCUCACUUACGAAAUUGGUAUUGACCAAUUUGUCCAUCGAAGCUAUUGCUCAACUUCCAACCCUUGGUCCACCUAAAGCUCUGACGCGACUGGUACUAACGGAUUCUCAACCUACCGCCCGCGAUGAUUCGUUCAAAGAGACUCUUACGGAUGUUGCUGGAUGGAUCAGUCAGUGUGAAAGCCUGCGCCAUUUGCAGCUUCGAGAUUUCAUGGGUAUGGAUGACAUGAGUCUUCUUGCAAAAGUACUCGUUGAUGACAGAAUACGUCUUGAAACACUGCAAAUGCGAUGCUAUUUCACAGAAAAUAACGAGGAAUUCCAUCACGCAUUAUCACUCCAGGCGGAGUCCCUGCAAUCUCUGAUCCUUCAACGAAAGCGUCAUGCCGUUGUGCAAAACGAGGCAAGCCUGCUACGAGCAAUCUGCAAAUUGACCGAACUUCGCGAGCUGGAUCUCAAAGAAGUCUCUGAUUACUAUACAGCAGGUCAUGUCAUGACCAUGAUGCCUUAUCUGACGAAAUUGGAGCGGUUCUCAGUCAAUGGAUUAGGCUUCGAUGAUGACCUCUGGCCGUCUUUCCUUACAUUGAAAAGCCUUCGCUUCCUUGCAAUUCAUGCUUAUAGUGAAUUUACCGCGGAGGGAAUUCUCGACUUUGUCUCUCAGCUCGGUCCGAACAACAGAGGUUUUCAUUUGAUUAUCACGAGUGCAGUGGCCGACAGUGUCAUCCCUCUUGAUGCGCAAAACGUCAUUAGUGAUGCCCUUGCGCAGAAUGUAGGAGGAGCUUUUGAUUAUGAGGUUAUAAUAGAAUCGGAUUCUGAGGACAGUUUUGUAUCCGAUUAG